AUGGCGACGAAGCGUCCUCGCUUGGACGCUGAAAACGACCCAGGACCAAACUCGCAAGUGAAAAAUAUCGAAGACAUCUCAUCGGAGCUCUCACACCUGACCACAGAGACAAAGCGACGACGUCAAGAUGUGGCUGCACGACGCGCAGCAAACGCUGACAAAGACGUAAGUGUUAUCAAGAUUUCGCUCAAGUCGUUCUGCACCGAGCAAUCCAAGACGUUGCCGUGGGAGGAGGUGCUAAAAGACAUGAAUAAGAUGGUCUUAGAGGCGUAUGUGCUUGCGAACACGCACAUCGUCCGACUUUGUCAUCUCCGACUCCCCGUUGAACCGCUGACGCAAAACUUCUUUCAUCAAUGCCUGUCGACUGUUUCAAGCGGACGACCGCUCGGCAAUGAACACUUUCGAGCGUCUGUCAAGCUGUACAACUCGUGGCGUGCUGCAGGAGCUCCACGCAAGCAAUCGACACAUUGCUCGAGGAUGGCAACACAACGCAGCGCUACAAAUGAAGACAAACUCCGAGAACGCUGUCAAGCUCAAUUUCUACCGACGGCUUCACAAGCAAAUCAAGCGUUCAUAUUACAUCGACGGAAGUGA